GCAGCUACUGCAAGUGGUAGUUCGUCAUCGCCACCAGCGGAAGCGGCAGCAACGGCUGCAGGUGGCUCGGCAUCCGCAGUUAGUGGUGAGCCAACGACAACAGAUGCAUGAGCGUCAGGGGCAGUUACAGUGGGAAUAUAAGUUGAUAACACUCUCAGCGCAUAAUGAUCACAGUUUGUAA